ACUUUGCAAGCGGGCACCAGUCUAUUAAGAGGAAAACAUUAAAAACAUUCACAUCGCCGGCGCGGUGUUCCCUAAUCAAGUCCGUGGUAGUCCUCACAACUUGACGAAGUAGACAACGACUGAGCUAAGUUUGAACAUGAAUCCAUCUGUAUUGUCGUCUGUUACUGAGCCCUCGGUUUUAACCGAGGUCCCCAAUGAACUCAAGCGUCUGGCACGGUACAUCACCCGCGGCUUCUACACCAUUGAGCAUGCUCUGAUCGUGGACAUCCUUGUGCGUAAUCCCAUCGUGAAGGAGGAUGACAUGGCCGACCUCCUCAAGUUUGACAAGAAACAGCUUCGCAUCUUCAUCAACAGGCUCAAGAACGACAAACUGAUCAAGCAGACAAUGCGAGUGGAGACACAGCCAGAUGGACGGACCAACCGACACAACUACUACUUCAUUAACUAUAAGGUCUUUGUGGACGUGGUCAAGUACAAGCUGGAUCGGAUGCGGCAGAAGAUUGAAAGCAAGGAGCGCGACUCCACCUGCAAGGCGCUCUUCAAGUGCCCCCAGUGCCACAAAGAGUACAAUGAGUUUGACGCCGGCAACCUGAUCGACGUGCUCACGGGCCAGCUGCACUGCACGUUUUGUGGGACAGAGGUGCAAGAGGAUGAAAGUGCCGUGCCCGAGAAGGACACCUACAUGCAGAUAGCCCUCUUCAACGAGCAAAUGAAACCGAUCUUUGAUCUGCUCAAGUCAGUCGAACACAUCCAGCUAUCAAAGACGCUCCUGGAGCCGACACCCUCUGCUGCCAAUGAAAACAAGAAACCAAGCGCUGGCAGAAGUGGGAGUGCCAGUGGGAGUGGUCCACACAGCACGUGGAGCGGCGACUCGUCGCGGAAUCUUGGCUUUGAGAUGUACGACCAGCAGAUCACCAUCAACGUUGGUGAGGAGACGAAGAGGGAGCAGGCCGCCAAGGCCCCCGCCCGGGAACGCCCUGUCUGGCUGGUGGAGAGCACCGUUGAGGGUGCUGUGGCGGAAACGCCAAGCGGCGCCGCCCAGAACCGCAGCCCGGUGGGGGCUGGGCCCUCGGCAAGACCGUCCACCAAGAACAAAGAGUCGGAGGAGAUCAUUCGGGCGCUGCUGGCCCACGAGCGGAAGUCGGGCACGGGGGCAGUCGUCCCCGGCGAGGACAAUAGCGAUGCGGAGAGUGACGCCAGUGGCUCCGACGACGACUUCCCGGGGGCGUCCACCUCGGCCCCGAUCACGCACACCGUGGAGAUGGACAGCGGGGAGGAGGACGAAGACGAAGACGAGGAAGACGUGAUGGUGUCGGUGGCAGGCCGCAUGGUCCCCUUCCAAGACAUUACCGACGAACUCGUCGCUCAGAUGACACCAAGCGAGAAGGAAGCCUACAUCAAAAUUGGACAAGAGGCCUACGCAGCAAUGUACGAGUGAAACGCUUUGAACCAUGUGAAAUCUCCACCACAGAAGUGACAGUAUCCCCUUAUCUUUAAAACGUGCAGAUAACUACCUUGAUCAAUUCAUGUUCACUCGGCGUGCUUGUAUCAUGGUGAGUGUCGAAAUAUCAACCCAGUGCGAUCGUUCAAGUAAGCCCUAUCCAGUGGGGUUUUGAAGAAAUCCAAACUCAUGCAGUGUGAGUGACUGCAUUGCUUCUGGCCAUGCACGUACGCAUUCCUACUUGGGUCUUUUACGCAGCUCCAAAUCCCAAUUGUUCAACCAAGGCAUUUGACAAAUCCACAAAAAAGGACAACCGUACACAACAGCAAUGUCAUUUGACGAUUUAUUUUUUUUCCUCUUUGAAUUUUACCCGGCGCAUAUCCGUGCUUUUUUCAAAACAGUUGAGAAUUUUCCUAAUGGACAAAUCACAUUCUUACUCACUGCACACGUAAUACUUAACUCAAAU